AAGUACAAAUUAAGUGUUUUUGACCAUUUUACCCUCAAUCAUUUACAUAUUAUGUAGAUGUGUAAGAAUUGAAGCAUUUAUUUAUUACAAAUGAAAGAUAGAAGAUACAUAGUGCAAGAAGGGAUGGAGAUAGAUGAGGUGACAAUGGUUGAUGUUAAAGGAGAAGAGAAAUCAAUGGAAGAUGAUGGGGAUGGAUGCAUUGCUGAUGUUUACUUGAUGUGGGAAGAUUUGGCAGUCGUGCUUCCGAACCAUGAUUCAAAGAAACACACACGGCGGAUACUAAAUGACGUCACUGGUUUUGCUCAGCCUUCAAGGAUCUUGGCAAUCCUGGGUCCUUCUGGUUCUGGAAAAUCCACCCUUCUUGAUUCUUUAGCAGGAAGACUAGCCAGAAAUGUUAUCAUGACGGGGAAUAUUCUUUUCAACGGAAGGAAAAAGAGACUCGACUAUGGUGCUGUUGCUUAUGUGACCCAAGAGGACAUACUACUCGGAACCCUCACGGUUAAAGAAACACUCAUCUACUCGGCAAAACUACGGCUACCUGGAAGCCUAAACAAACAUCAAGUUAAUGAGAUUGUUGAUCGAACAAUUAUGGAGAUGGGCCUUCAAGACUGUGCUCAUAAUCUCAUUGGCAACUGGCAUUCCAGAGGAAUAAGCGGUGGUGAGAAGAAGAGACUCAGCAUUGCACUUGAAAUCCUGACUCGACCAACCCUCUUGUUUCUAGAUGAACCCACCAGCGGCCUUGAUAGCGCAGCGGCUUUCUUCGUCAUUCAGACGCUUAGAAACAUGGCUCGAGAGGCCAACCUGACCAUUGUGUCCUCGAUCCAUCAACCGAGCAGUGAAGUCUUUGCACUCUUUGAUGACCUGUUUUUGUUAUCAGGUGGUGAAACAGUCUUCUUUGGUGAAGCCAAAAUGGCAUUGAAGUUCUUUUCUGACGCCGGAAUACCAUGUCCGAGUAGAAGAAAUCCUUCAGAUCACUUUCUUCGUUGUAUAAAUUCAGACUUCGAUAGGGUGAAUGCAACUUUGCAAGGUUCUCAAAGGCUUCGGGACAGGAAAACCAUCUCCACCACUCAUGCAUUGACAUCCGAGACCAAAGCAAUGCUUGUUCAUAAAUACAAGUGCUCAGAGUAUGCAACAGCUGCAAGAACAAGAAUUCAAGAAAUCUCAUCCAUAGAAGGGCUUACAUUUGAAGCACAAAGUGGGAGCCAAGCAAGUUGGUGGAAGCAACUUACAACAUUAACCAAAAGAUCUUUCGUUAACAUGUCUAGAGAUAUUGGAUACUACUGGUUGAGGAUAGUGGUCUAUCUAGCUGUUUCACUCUGUGUAGGCACAGUAUUUUUCAACGUGGGCACGAGCUACCAUGCGACAUUGGCACGUGGAGCUUGUGCAGGAUUCAUCUCGGGUUUUAUGAUUUUCAUGUCCAUUGGAGGCUUCCCUUCAUUCAUCGAAGAAAUGAAAAUCUUCCACAGAGAGAGGCUUAAUGGACACUAUGGAGUAGGCGUGUUUAUGCUCUCAAACUUCAUCUCUUCUAUCCCAUUCUUGACAAUGAUGGCGUUUGUUACUGCUAUUGUAACAUAUAACAUGGUCAAAUUUCAAUCGGGUUUCUCCCAUAUCACGUACGCCUGCCUUGAUCUUCUCUUCUCCAUUGCUGUGGUAGAAAGUUGCAUGAUGGUUAUUGCUUCACUUGUUCCCAACUUCAUGAUGGGAAUCAUUACUGGUUCUGGUUUUAUUGGUAUUAUGAUGAUGACUGCAGGAUUCUUCCGUCUACCGCCUGAUCUUCCCAAGCUGUUUUGGCGGUAUCCGGUUUCCUACAUCAAUUCUAUGUCAUGGGCGCUACAGGGAGCAUUGAAGAAUGACAUGAUUGGAAUAGAAUUUGAUGGUCCAUUUGAAGGGGAUGCAAAACUAUCUGGUGAAUUCAUCCUAACCACCAUGCUUGGGAUUUCAGUUGAACACUCUAAGUGGUGGGAUUUAGCAGUUGUUGUCGCCAUUCUCAUCGCCUACAGAUUGCUAUUCUUCGGCAUACUAAAGUUUAAAGAAAGAGCUACACCUAUAUUUCGCAAACUAUACGCAAAGAGAACACUGAAACAUCUCAACCAGAGGCCUUCUUUCAGGAAAACAUCGUCCCAACCGAUCUGUUCUUUAUCUUCUCAGGAAGCUCUAAAAUCCUCACUGCAUUAGACAUACUGAUCAGUUUACAAGCCUAGGUAUAUGUAUUAAUAAUAUUUUAGUCAAAGACCUACAAAUCAAACCCACUAUUUCUGUGCUCAAUCCAAGAUCUUAAUUUUCGCUUUUAGCGUUAAUUCCAAGGUGGGCAAAAAUCAUUUACAGUUAAUGGUGAGUAAAGGUGGAAUAAAGACUAAGGUAAUCACGGGUUGCAUGAUAACAGUUUCGUUUAUGUUUUGAUGACUGCAUUCAAGUUUUUAUUAGUAAGUUCCAUUUUAUUUA